CGAGAAGACCCCGCCGGCCGCGGUGCUCGGGGCCCGCGCGAGCGGGCUCGGUUGGUGCGCGAGCGCGGCUCCGCCCCGCCUGCUCGGCGCGCGCCCCCGCCGGGUCCGCUCUCCUCCCCCACCCCCGGCGCGGACGGGGUGGAUCCAGCUCACUCCCCUCCCCCGAGCGGCCGCGGCGGCGGCGGCCGGCGCUGAAUGAGAGACGCCGACUGCUCGGGUCGCCGAGCGCUAGCCUAGGCGGCGGCGGCGGCGGCAAAGCGGCGGAGCGGGAGGCCGGCGCCGUCUUUCCAGCCUCCGAGGCGUCUGCCGCGGCUGCACAGAUAUAUGCCCAGGAGUGGACUACUGGAUCAUAUGGAAUAAUAAUGUAUAUGUGGCCUUGGACGUGAAGCAGUCAGUCUUCUGUUGCUGUUUAAAAGUGUCAGGGACCGAUGUUGUGGGAAGCAUGGACCUAAUGAACGGGCAGGCAAGCAGUGUUAGUAUUGCUGCUACUGCUUCUGAGAAAAGUAGCAGUUCUGAAUCAUUAAGUGACAAAGGUUCUGAAUUGAAGAAAAGCUUUGAUGCUGUGGUAUUUGAUGUCCUUAAGGUUACACCAGAAGAAUAUGCGGGCCAGAUAACGCUAAUGGAUGUUCCAGUAUUUAAAGCCAUUCAACCAGAUGAGCUUUCAAGUUGUGGAUGGAAUAAAAAAGAAAAAUACAGUUCUGCACCAAAUGCAGUUGCCUUCACAAGAAGAUUUAAUCAUGUAAGCUUUUGGGUUGUUAGAGAGAUUCUUCACGCUCAAACAUUAAAAAUUAGAGCCGAAGUUUUGAGCCACUAUAUUAAAACUGCUAAGAAACUAUACGAGCUGAAUAACCUUCAUGCACUUAUGGCAGUGGUUUCUGGCUUACAGAGUGCCCCAAUUUUCAGGUUGACUAAAACAUGGGCGUUAUUGAGUCGAAAAGAUAAAACUACCUUUGAAAAAUUAGAAUAUGUAAUGAGUAAAGAAGAUAACUACAAAAGACUCAGAGACUAUAUAAGUAGCUUAAAGAUGACACCUUGCAUUCCCUAUUUAGGUAUCUACCUGUCAGAUUUAACAUACAUUGAUUCAGCAUACCCAUCAACUGGCAGCAUUCUAGAAAAUGAGCAAAGAUCAAAUUUGAUGAAUAACAUCCUUAGAAUAAUUUCUGAUUUACAGCAGUCCUGUGAAUAUGAUAUCCCCAUGUUGCCUCAUGUCCAGAAAUACCUGAACUCCGUUCAGUAUAUAGAAGAACUACAAAAGUUUGUGGAAGAUGAUAAUUACAAGCUUUCAUUAAAGAUAGAACCAGGGACAAGCACACCACGUUCUGCAGCUUCCAGGGAGGAUUUAGUAGGUCCUGAAGUAGGAGCAUCUCCACAAAGUGGAAGAAAAAGUGUGGCAGCUGAAGGAGCCUUGCUACCACAGACACCGCCAUCCCCGCGGAACCUGAUUCCACAUGGACAUAGGAAAUGCCAUAGCUUGGGUUAUAAUUUCAUUCAUAAAAUGAACACAGCAGAGUUUAAGAGUGCAACGUUCCCAAAUGCAGGGCCAAGACAUCUGUUAGAUGAUAGCGUCAUGGAGCCCCAUGCACCAUCUCGAGGCCAAGCUGAAAGCUCUACUCUUUCUAGUGGAAUAUCAAUAGGUAGCAGUGAUGGCUCUGAACUAAGUGAAGAGACCUCAUGGCCUGCUUUUGAAAGGAACAGAUUAUACCAUUCUCUCGGCCCGGUGACAAGAGUGGCACGAAAUGGCUAUCGAAGCCACAUGAAGGCCAGCAGUUCUGCAGAAUCAGAAGAUUUGGCAGUACAUUUAUAUCCAGGAGCUGUUACUAUUCAAGGUGUUCUCAGGAGAAAAACUUUGUUAAAAGAAGGCAAAAAGCCUACAGUAGCAUCUUGGACGAAGUAUUGGGCGGCUUUGUGUGGGACACAGCUUUUCUAUUAUGCUGCCAAAUCUCUAAAGGCUACAGAAAGAAAACAUUUCAAAUCAACAUCAAAUAAGAACGUAUCUGUAGUAGGAUGGAUGGUGAUGAUGGCCGAUGACCCGGAGCACCCAGACCUCUUCUUGCUGACUGACUCUGAGAAAGGAAAUUCAUACAAGUUUCAAGCUGGCAAUAGGAUGAAUGCAAUGCUGUGGUUUAAGCAUCUGAGUGCAGCCUGCCAGAGUAACAAACAACAGUCAGCAAGACAUGAAGUCCACGUUUCAUUGAGGAGGUUCCUACAAACUUGAUGACUUUCGAGUAACAGCCUGAUAAAGAACAAGGUGAACUGCUAUCCUAAGUGAAAGCAAGGACCUGAUGGAAGAGCGCCAGCUAUAAACCAAUCCUGUGCCAGGAAGAGCCCAGGGGUUCCGUCUCAGCCUCUGGAGUUCUGAACCAAAAAAGCACUAAUUUCAGGGAAUGAAGUGAUAUUCCCAGAGAACAAAUUGGAGUUGCAAAACAAACUGCCAUGGACCAUGCUUCUUAUCUCUGAACUGACCUGUGGAAACCACUGCCUUAAAAGAAUGAAAGGAAAACCAACAUGAAACACCAAAUAGUGUGUGUGAAUCUUCUGGCGGUGCUGUGCUUGGAAUAGAUCGUAGCUAAUUUGCAUUUCUUUUAACUUUGUACUAAUUUUGGAGGGGGGAGUUGCCUUUUUUUAGAUACACUUUAAAAGGAAAAACAUAUUUCUUAUGGCUUACAUCAGGAGCUGGUUUUGAACCAAGGUGUAAAGCUACUCCAGCUUAGUAGGGUUCUCCCAGCAGCCUAGCCGAAAGGUUUGUUUGAGCUUCCAUUAGUCUGCAGCCUCACUGGUUUUCUCACAGCGAGAGCGUAGGAAUUAGAAAUGUUAAUAGUGUGAGUUGUUGGGGUUUGUUUGGGAUUUGAGGGGGUGGUUUUGUUUUGGAUGGGGGAGAUUUUUUAAACACUAAACUUCUGAGUUUUAGUACUGUAUGGGGUACAUUAUUUCCUGUAGGAGGUAUAAAGGCCGAGUGUUCAUAUGCCAGACACUUUUUUCAGGUGGGCUCCAGAAAACAUGGUUGUUUUUAACUGGGUUUAAAGUUUGGCCUUCUAUGUGAAUUCAUUGUUGGACCAGAGAUCUGCUUCGUAGAGAACUGUAAUCCCAACGUAAACUUUUCUAAGAAGGUUUUACAAUAACUACAUUUUCGAGUUAAUUGGAUUAGCCCUUCUAUCACUCACAGGUGAUUUUUAUCAUCAGGGGUGAUGUAUUGAUAUUUUAUCAGGAUAUUUUCUUUUUACAGUAUUUCAUGUGCAUGAUGCCAGUUAUUUUUCUAUUAUUCAUUUUCAUUAUUUUUGUUCAAUAUGAGAUUCAGGGUCACAUUUGUUUUAAAGGAGAGUCUAUGUAUGUAUGUAUGCAUGUGUGUAUUUUAUUACAAGGCAUAUAAAAUAAUUUUCAAAGGGAAAAAGGUGAAAGAUUGCGAUGCUGGGAAUUUUAAGUAUCAAAACUUUCCUUCCUAUUUAACUUUCCUUUAUUGCAAACAUUUUUCUCGAAACUUACUAUAGGUCCUUACCAUGAAACCGUAUUUUGUCAGUAGUUGAUCAAGCAGUUUUGUGUGAGCUCUUUUAUGCGAUAAUGCAUUUCACUUCCAAAAUAAAUGUUGAGUUAAAAGGGGGAAAAAAAGCUUGAAGGUGAAAUGCCUUAGAGUUUUAACAAAAAAAAUGGCACUUGAACAAAGGCUGUGUGUUGACUGUUUCAAACUCAUGAGGCAUCAUGAAUUUCGGCUGUGGCCCCAAGUGAGAAGUGCUUUUUUGACUGAUAACUUCUAAUAGACUUCUGUUGUUGGAGCCUCACAUAAAAUUUUUCAGAUUGUAUUCUUGGAGAAUUUUAUACUUUUUUUUAUCAUAAAUAUUUCAUCCUUGAAUCCAUGAAACUGAAGUAGGAAAUAUUGCUUAUUAGAAUAAUUAGCUGAACAUCUAUCCAUUGGAAAGUAGAAGAGCUUUCUCUGAAUGCUUAGUUUUUAAAUUUAGUUUUCUAUUUGGAAAGGAUGUUAAGAGUUCAAAUAUUUUUCUCGUUUAGCACAGCUAGAAAUACCAUUAUUUCUGGUUUUGUGGAAAGUGACAUGAGCUGGAGAGGCCAAAACGUGGCCUGUGCUCGUGGUUUUCAGCUGCGACCUCCCAGCAUGGCCCACGUCGGGCCCCAAGAAGACGCUCUCUGCAUAACCAGCAUAGCAGUAUUACUCUGUAGACCUUGCACAUCUGACUUUUGUUUUCGUUUUCCUAAUUUGUUUGUUUCUCUUCAGAAAUAAGUAUUUUUAACAGUGUAUGUGCUUUUUAAAAAACGUGGUGGAUGAAAACCCUGUGGAUUUUUUAUUGCAUUGUCUGUCAUAAAUAAGCUAAAGUAGUUGAGUUGUAGGCUAACUGUAUCUGUGGAGACAUGCAGCUGAAAGAGCCUGACAGCCCACAGUUUUGCCAAAGAGAGAGCUCAACUGGAAGAUGUGUUUGAUAUUUGCAGCUUGCGCAGAGUGGGAGCAGUGUUCAGAUUUGGUGACUAGUCCAUGUAUACACUUGUGGCCUCUGACUGACUGAAACUCUGAACCGUGCAGCGGAAGUUACCAUUACUUUUCUGUCUGCAGUUUGUCCAUUCAAAAGAUUUUUCAUUGCUUUUUAAGAUUCCUUCAGCAUUUGAAGCAAAGAGAAGACCAGUGAGAGAAGCGAAUUAAAAUAGUGUAGGUGAAUUUUUUAUCUGUAAUUCACCAAAUGAAACCUAACAAUAACUCAAGCAAAAAUAAAUGUUACCAAAAUAUAUUAAAUAUUUAGGCAGUGUGCUAGUGGGAAGAUGAAAUUUUUCUCCUCUUGUUAGGCCUACCCUUAAUAAGUUCAUAAAUUAGCGAACUCAUUUCCACCAACAUUAAGCUCAUUUGUUUCUCUCCAAAUCAAGAAGCCCUCAUUGAAAAUUCCAUUAUAAUUUAAAUUUAAGCUCGUUUUUGUUAAACAUAAUGAUUGGUAUGUUAUCCAGCCCGGUGUAAUACUAUCAUACCAGCUAAAAUACAGUUUGAGGCACAUCUUAUGUAACAGUUUAUUUGAACAUGGAAGCUUAUUUUUCAUGCAGAAGUAACAUAAUUUUUAAAAUACAACUAUAAAAAUAACUGAUGACCUUGAAGAGCACUGUUUUUGGUCUCAUGUCCCCUCUGUGUUUGAGUUCUGCUUAUUUUUUUCAGAGCCUUUAUUUUUACCGUAACCUCCGAACUAUAAAAAUUAAAAGAACCUAUCAAACACACCUUCCUAUUACAUUUUCUUCACUGUGUAAAUAUUAUUUGCAUAAACAUUACAAAAAGGGAUCCAAACAGUUUGAGAAGUUUUUUCUCCCCAGGCAUGUGCUUCAAUGACAGAUGUUUUCCUGUGUGAAAAUGCCAUAUGACUAUUGCACUACCUUCUGUAUGGACUGUCUUGGUGUUGUAUCUUUCUGUAUGUCAAGAACUAGGCUGUUUGUAGCUGCAAAGUUUCUAUAAGUGGCUUUAUUCCUCUUCUAGAAGAUUUAAAAAGGAGCCCAAGGUGCACUCUUACAGAAGGAAAAAAUGUUUACGGUCUCUAGUGUAUACACCUUAUAUAUUAUUUGAAACCAGGGCCCUCCAAGAGCAGCCUGCCCUGUUGCUCUCUUAGGAUUACUAGAAUUUGCCUGACCAAAUGAUGUGAGCAGAAGUCUUCCCCCCCCGCCCCCUUAGGUUAAAUCUGUAAGUUAUACAUGCCUUUACUACUGAAAACAAAACUAUAGAACAUCAUAUUAUUAAUUAGAAAUCAAAAGUAAUAGAUUUAGUCCAUUUUUAAAAGAAUAUAUCCACUAUUGAUUUCCUUCCUGUUUUUUGAGGCACAUUCCUUUACAAGAGUUUUUAAACCACCAUAUUAUCUUCUUUUCUGCAAACAAGGGGCACCAGUGUUGCUUAACGGAAGAUAAUCUUCAAUUUUAAAAAAUGCUUUGCUUCCGAGUCUUUUGAAAUAAUUGGAUCCCUUUUUGAAAAUGAAGAUGAGUUUUACUGUGUCCCAGUGGAACAGUAGUAUUGCUGUUGCAUGAGUAGGUGAUACACAGCAAGUGGUGAGGUUUGUCUGACUUCUUCAGUCAUCUUGUAGGGUUUGCUUUUACUUUCUCUCUUCUUUUUAUAUUAUUUCUUUCAAACAGAGUAAAUUUAUAAUUUUACAGCCAGAGUAGUAGUCUCUUUUUUUUCUAACAUUGUUAUUUAAUCACGUUGAUGAUGAUUAUUUUCUGUGUGAAUUCAACCUUUUCAAAAUGAUUUAAGUAUUUUUGGUUUUGCUUCUUUAAAAAUGGCUUGUGUCUAAAGUGACAAUUUUUUUUUCUGUUUAGAGGAUUGUAAUGAAAGAGAUAUGUGCAUGCAAACCUUUAAGCUUUUUGAAAGCAACUUCAUUACACUGGUAUCUCAAGUGGUAGUGUGGGGAAAACUUGGUCAGUGCCUUAUCAAUUUGAAGACCAACCUGAGGGCAUCGAGUAUGACAGUAACCAUUUGCCCUCGUGACUCCUCUUACUUCAGGAGUGUGUGCUAUCCCUCUCUCCACCAGCCUACUCUGUCUCACAGCGAGUCUAAGAAACUGUGUGCAGAUCGCUCUAGGCAAUUGUUGCAUUCCUCCUUGGCUUUGAGUCUUUUUUAGACAAGCUCCCUCCCUACCGCUCUCCUUCCCAGGUAGAAGAUUAAAAAUAAACCCACAAAAUCAGCCUUUAGAUGAGCACUCCUGAGAACAACUUGGAAGAGCAUCUAUCCAGCUGAGUUUGUUUUUAUUUUGUGUUGUUGAAAUUGCUGUUUUGAGCAUAGAUUUAAUUUUAAGUCCUUUCAGAAAAUCCUUAAAAGAAUACAGUACAGCCAGAAAGAUCUGUUUGGGUUUUAUUAAAUAAAGCUACUGAAAUCCUGAAAUUGAGAGUCCCUUUGCCCAGAAGUGAGAUUUAGUCCAGUACAUUCUUAUAUUUAAAUAAGACUCAGAACAAAAAGCAGUCACUUAACCUACCAGUUAUUGUUCACUUGAAAAUAUUAUGUCAGGAAAGUGAAAACAACUCCAAAAUAUAAAGAAAAGUUAAACGACUAAGCUAGCUUUCUCAGUAAAAGCAAAGCUUGGAGACAUUUUGCUUCUCUGAGAUUAUUGUAAGAUCUGGAACUACUGUUGUUCAGCUGAGUCAAGAUGCUAUUUUCACAUUUUUUUAAAGGGCUAGUAUUUUCUAGAAUAGGCGAGUAAAUUUAGUCUUUAAAGCCAAAUGAAGGAUUAACUGGUCCUUGAGGGUUAUUAGAGUGUAAAGUUUGAUUCUAGUCAUUUGAACUGCAAAGUGAUGGUGGGGUUAAAGAAAUACAUGAUUAGAAUGCUUUGGGAUUGAGGGUUUUUUUUAAAUAGACAAGUAGAAAAUUUUGUACUUAGCUGUGCUUUAGAUAUCAGGUAACAAAUAUUAAUUUUCCCAUGAAGAUAUCACUUACUAGAACUAUUCACAGAUAUAGUCCAAUAAUUAUUGACUUAUUAGGUCUGACAGAGUAGCUGAUAAUAAGUCACCAUACUCUCAAGAGUUUCUGUACCCUGAUUAUUGACAAAUCCAUUGUUCUACAGCCGACUGAAGUACGUAUGUGUGGGGAGGGGGUGGGGAACUCGUUCACAACGUAAUCUGAAAGAGAUAAAAGCAUCUGUGGGGAUGACUAUCCAGUGAUGAUAAUAUACAGGAAAACACAAGCCAUUUUUAUUCUCCUUCACCCCAGUUAACUUGAGGUACUAAAGAUGAAGUACUCGUUUGCACUAUGACCUCCUGGAGUGACGUGCAGCUUGGUUCCUCUCUCACUUUCUGUUUCUGUUUAAUAUGCAAAUGUGAGUGUGAGAUCUUCAGUGUGUUUGCAUAAUCUAACUUAAAAUGAAUUUAAGUACAGUUUUCUGAAAUAUUUCUAUUGAAAUAAAUUACUUAAAAAUA